UUUUUCUUUUUGGGUUUUUCUAGUUCUGUUCUUUUCUUGUUAUAAGUUAGAAAAAAACUAGUAAAAAAAGCCCUUUUCUUUAUAUUCAUUUUUGUGUUUUGUUUGGCCAAGAAUACUUUGUUCUUUGUUGUUGUUGUUAAUGUCCUUGGCUGUUAGAGUUGGUGAAAACAGCAAGAAGAUGGGGUUUGAUGAUAAUAAGGUAGAAGGUAAAGAAGGGUCAGCAACAAUUUGUGAGGGUAAUAAGGGAAUUGUGGCUGAUUUUGACCCUGAGAUUGAGAAUGGUGGUGGUACUGAUGAGGGUAAUAGGGUUAAUAGGCAAAUGAGUGAAAGUUCUAUUUAUACUACUGAUCAUGAAGAGGAUGAUGAUGAAGCUAAUCACAAGAUUGAGUUAGGUCCUCAAUGUACACUCAAAGAAACAUUUGAAAAGGAUAAGGAUGAUGAGAGUUUGAGAAGGUGGAAGGAGCAGCUCCUUGGAAGUGUGGAUAUCAAUGCUGUUGGAGAAUCCCUGGAUCCAGAAGUGAAGAUCUUGAGCCUUGCAAUUAAGUCGCCCGGUAGAUCUGAUAUUGUUCUCCCUAUCCCCGAGGACGGAAAUCCCAAGAGUCCAUGGUUUGUCCUGAAAGAAGGGAGCAAAUACAGCCUAAAAUUUACGUUCCAGGUCAACAAUAAUAUAGUAACAGGUCUUAAAUACACGAAUGCAGUUUGGAAAACCGCUAUCAAAGUUGACAGCACAAAAGAGAUGAUUGGGGCGUUCAGUCCUCAACUGGAGCCGUAUACUCACGAAAUGCCAGAAGAAACCACCCCUUCUGGCAUUUUCGCAAGAGGAUCUUACUCGGCAAGGACAAAGUUUCUUGAUGACGAUAACAAAUGCUAUUUGGAGAUCAACUAUACAUUCGAAAUCAAGAGAGAGUGGCAGGAAAAAUGAACAACAACACCAUGGACAUGAAUCGGAAUCCCCUGUGCUAUACUUGUUUUCGUUCUUCGUAACUAUCUCAACUUUUUUUGUUACCUGCUAGUUUUUCAGAAGAGAAAAAAAGAGGGUGCAUUAGAGAGAAAACAACCUGCUGCAAUUGAUUAUAUGAUCAAAAGCUCUCUCCUUUUUGCCUCUCUCUCUAUCAAGUUUCAUGUGCAUAAGUGUGCUUUUUGAAUGUUGUAAAACUGUGAAGAAAUCUAGAUAUUUUGUUCAUCAAAUUUUGAUCUUUUUUUUUUCCCAUUUAUUUUGAGAAAGAUUAGGUGCAUUCCUCAUUGAUACUGGUGUUGCAUGAGCUCGACUAGCCUAAAAGGGCGCGGUCAGGUCCAAGACGAGCAAGACAGUCAUAUAUAUAUUUUUCCUUUACAUUUCC